AUCAAUCAGCUCAAGUUGUAGCUGAUGCUAUAUUUAAUGAUAUAGUAUGUAGAUAUGGUUGUCCUGAUAUGGUCAUUUCCGACCGGGGUAGUAAUUUUACAUCUAAAUUAUUUCAAGACGUUUGCAGUGGUCUACAAAUAAAGCAUAACAUCACGACUGCAUAUCGCCCAUGUUCUAAUUCCAUCUGUGAGCGUUUUAAUAAAACACUCUGUGGUACUAUAGCCUGCAUAUCAGAGGGCAAUAAUAGGAAUUGGGACUCUUUUAUAUCACCAGCACUAUUUGUGUACAACAACACUACAUGCCAUGCAUCAACUAAUGAAUUCCCAGCCUUUUUAUUAUAUGGCUUCGACCCCCGUUUCUCUAUUGUGUUCCCAGCGGAACAGCAGAAUAUCAACCUGGAAAAGCCCCACGGAAUGGAAUUGAGAGAUAGAUUAAGCACUGUACGGGAAGCUGCUUACGAACUGGGGAGGCAACAGAAUUUUAAUAAUCGAAAACGUAUCAACCGAAACAGGGAAAUGAACAAUUGGAGGGAGGGGCAACAAGUAUGGUUACUUUGUAAAGGUAAAAAUAAGAACUCUGGGAAGUUCUCGGCGAAGUAUCUAGGACCCUAUCAGGUUACAUGUAAACUAGGCCCCGUCAUUGUAGAAAUUGGUGAUAACCGUAAGAAUAACAAGUUUAUUGUACAUGUAGAUCGAUUAAAACAAUGUUAUUUUUCGAUGUAUAAAGACGCGAAAAAAAGAAAGUGUAACAGACACCUCAUGAAACCAGAAGAAGAGGAACCGAUUAAUGAUUCGAACGAUGAAGAUAUUUGUGAAUAUAUCAGGCAUUGGACUCGUGAAACAAAUCACCCUUCAUAUGAGCCCCAGGAUCAACAGAACAAACUUGAAAGACUCGAGAGGAGCUAGAAGCAUAUCUAGAUAUAAGAAUAUUCGAGAUCUUAUUUUGAGAGUCCGAUAGGAUUAGCCCAUCAACUAUUUCUCCAAGAUUUGAUAUUUCCGAUAUCACCACCAUCAAUCCAAGAUCGUUGACACUUUCAGUAUCCAUUCUUUUCUAUCAAAUAUCCAGCUAUCCUAUUGCCUAUCUUUUCUUCCUCCCUUUUAGUAUAAGUAGCUUUAAGUAUUUAGUUAUAGUUCCUUUUUUUUUGUACCGCGGUGAAUAAUUUUGUCGUGAGAUUUUAAUUAACUGCCGAAAUUGUCUAUAAAAGACCAAAUGAGGAGUGUCGGAAUAUAAAAGAAUCCUGAAAAAAAA